AUGUCACUGGCACAGCGCCUGUGCAGGUUGUUAAUGAGGUCUUGCGCCCACUGGGCACUGGUGCAUUCCACGCUGCUGUGGAAGUUCAUGGAAGGGAGUGGAGCUACGGGCAGACAGCGAGGGGCCCGGGUAUCUUUGAAAAUACGCCGAAGGAGUGUGAGCAGCACUCAUACCGUGAGGCAAUUCACAUGGGCUACACCGAUCAUGGGCCGUUUGAAGUUCAAAUGCUUAUCGCCGAAAUGGCCAAACGCUGGCCUGGUCGAGAAUAUGAUGUGCUCAACAAGAAUUGCUGCCACUUCAGUGACGAGUUGUGCCAAGUUCUCGGGGUUGGACAGCUGCCCUCAUGGGUGA